GUCUUCUUGAAACCAUCUUCACCUACAUAUAACCAUGUUCUCCAAAUAAAAAUUUAAACCCAAAGAAUUAAACAUUUUGCAAUUAUUAGUCCUUUUAGGUUCUUGCAUAUGAUCACAACCAACAUUGUGGUGUGGCAAAGUUGAUAACUAUCUUCAGGUUCUUGUUGCUACUUUUCUUCCAUGGCUACGCCUUUUGAUGAGAAGCUUGCAAGAUCAGUAAGAGAUGAGCUUGCGAGAUCAAUGAGGUCAAUGAGCAGCCGAUCGAUGAGUAGAAGUUUAUCAUCAGCGAGUAAAAGAAGUUGGGCAUCAGCUAGUAUUCGCGAAGUUUGGAAUACUCAAGGAGAUGUUUUUAGAACAAGCCAAAGAGCGGAUGAUGAUGAAGAAGAGCUUAAAUGGGCUGCAAUAGAGAGAUUGCCAACUUAUGAUAGGUUAAGGAAAGGAAUAUUGAAGCAAGUUUUGGAUAAUGGAAAAGUUGACUAUGAAGAGAUUGAUGUUACUAAUCUUGGCAUGCAAGAUAAGAAGCAAAUAAUGGAAAAUAUACUUCAAGUUGUUGAAGAAGAUAACGAGAGGUUUCUUCUUAGACUUAGGGAAAGAACUGAUAGGGUGGGAAUUGACAUUCCUAAGAUUGAAGUCCGGUUCGAGCAUUUAUCAGUAGAAGGAGAUGCAUAUGUUGGAACCAGGGCACUUCCAACUUUGGUCAAUGUUGCCAUGAACACAAUUGAGGGAAUUCUUGGAUUUCUUAGAAUUUUCCCUUCUAAGAAAAGGGUUGUCAAGAUACUUCAUGAUGUGAGUGGAAUUGUGAAACCAUCAAGAAUGACACUGCUUCUUGGACCUCCGGCAUCAGGCAAAACUACAUUGCUUCAGGCACUUGCAGGGAAAAUGGACAAGGAUCUAAGGGUAUCAGGAAAAGUCACUUACUGUGGUCAUGAACUGCAUGAAUUUGUUCCUCAAAGAACCUGUGCUUAUAUAAGCCAACACGAUCUUCACCAUGGGGAGAUGACAGUAAGAGAGACAUUAAACUUUUCAGGGCGAUGCUUGGGAGUUGGAACUAGAUAUGAAAUGUUAGCAGAGUUAUCAAGAAGAGAAAAACAAGCAGGAAUAAAACCAGAUCCUGAGAUAGAUGCUUUCAUGAAAGCUACAGCAAUUGAAGGCCAAGAAGGCAGUCUAGUCACUGAUUAUGUUCUUAAGAUUCUUGGAUUAGACAUCUGUUCUGAUAUUAUGGUUGGUGAUGAGAUGAGACGAGGCAUAUCAGGUGGACAAAAGAAACGUGUCACUACAGGAGAGAUGUUGGUUGGACCAGCAAAAGCUCUUUUCAUGGAUGAAAUAUCAACUGGUUUAGACAGUUCAACAACUUUUCAAAUUGUCAGGUUUAUGAGGCAAAUGGUUCAUAUAAUGGAUGUGACUAUGGUAAUCUCUCUUCUACAGCCAGCACCUGAAACAUAUGAACUAUUUGAUGACAUCAUCUUGCUGUCAGAGGGUCAGAUUGUUUACCAAGGUCCUAGAGAGAAUGUCCUUGAAUUCUUUGAAACUAUUGGCUUCAAAUGUCCAGAAAGAAAAGGAGUUGCAGAUUUCUUGCAAGAAGUAACUUCCAAGAAAGAUCAAGAACAGUACUGGUGCAAAAAAGACCAAUCUUAUGAAUAUGUUUCAGUAUCUGAAAUUUCAGAGAAGUUCAAGUCUUUUCAUAUAGGUCAGGAUCUUUCUGAACAGCUUAGAGUUCCUUAUGAUAAAGCUAAAGCACAUCCAGCUGCAUUAGAGAAAGACAAGUAUGGAAUCUCCAAUUGGGAACUCUUCAAAGCAUGUUUUGCACGAGAGUUGCUAUUAAUGAAGAGAAACUCUUUUGUUUAUAUAUUUAAGACCACUCAGAUUACAAUCAUGUCACUAAUUGCCAUGACAGUGUUUUUAAGGACCAAAAUGCAAGUUGGAAGUGUACAAGAUGGAGGAAAAUUCUAUGGAGCAUUGUUUUUCAGUCUUAUUAAUGUUAUGUUCAAUGGAAUGGCAGAAAUGGCAAUGACAAUGUUUAGGCUUCCUGUAUUUUAUAAGCAAAGGGAUUUCUUGUUCUAUCCAGCAUGGGCUUUUGCAUUACCAAUUUGGGUUCUUAGAAUCCCCAUUUCCUUAAUGGAGUCUGGGAUAUGGAUAAUCCUCACCUAUUACACUAUUGGAUUUGCUCCAGCUGCGAGUAGGUUUUUCAAACAAUUUCUAGCAUUCUUCAGUGUGCAUCAGAUGGCUUUAUCACUCUUUCGCUUCAUUUCUGCAAUUGGAAGAACAGAAGUUAUAGCCAACACACUUGGAACCUUUACACUGCUUGUGGUUUUUGUGCUUGGUGGAUUUGUUAUUGCUAGAGAUGAUAUUGAACCAUGGAUGAUAUGGGGCUACUACGUUUCUCCGAUGAUGUAUGGACAGAAUGCUAUAUUCAUCAAUGAAUUUUUAGAUGAAAGAUGGAGUUCUGCUUAUAAUGGCACAACAGAACAUACAGUAGGACAGGUUCUGCUUAAAAUGAGAGGCAUGUUCUUGCAAGAACAUUGGUAUUGGAUUUCUGUUGGAGCACUUGUGGGAUUUUCUUUGCUUUUCAACAUCCUUUUCGUGUUGGCUCUGACAUAUUUGGACCCUUUGGGAGAUAAUAAAUCCUCUAUUCUUGAUGAUGGUGAAAAUAAGAAGAAGACAUCCUCUGUUGAACAGCAAACAAAGUCUACUGAAAUGAUCUCAUUCUCGACCGCCCCGUUGCACCAAGGUACUGAUAUGGCAGUGAGGAACACUCCUGAACGGCCAUCUGUUACAUCUGCAGAGCCUGCGCCUACAAGAAGAGGAAUGGUUUUACCCUUCCAGCCUUUGUCUCUAGCAUUUGAUCAUGUGAAUUAUUAUGUGGAUAUGCCUCCUGAAAUGAGAAGCCAAGGAGUCGAAGAAGAUCGCCUCCAACUGUUAAGAGAUGUUAGUGGUGCUUUUAGGCCUGGUAUUCUAACAGCAUUAGUUGGUGUAAGUGGUGCUGGCAAAACUACACUAAUGGAUGUAUUAGCAGGAAGGAAAACUGGAGGAUACAUUGAAGGAAGUAUUAGCAUUUCCGGUUAUCCUAAAAAGCAAGAAACUUUUGCUAGAAUUAGUGGUUAUUGUGAACAGAAUGAUAUCCAUUCUCCACAUGUUACUGUCUAUGAAUCCCUCUUGUACUCCGCCUGGCUGCGCCUUGCUAAGGAAAUCAAGACUGUAACUAGAAAGAUGUUUGUUGAGGAGGUAAUGGAAUUGGUUGAGCUAAACCCACUAAAGAACUUCAUAGUAGGCAUUCCAGGAAUAGAUGGCUUGUCGACUGAGCAAAGAAAGCGACUAACUAUAGCUGUUGAGUUGGUUGCUAAUCCAUCCAUUAUUUUCAUGGAUGAACCAACUUCUGGCCUUGAUGCUAGAGCUGCCGCAAUUGUUAUGCGUACAGUAAGGAAUACAGUUGAUACAGGAAGAACAGUUGUCUGCACAAUUCACCAACCGAGCAUUGAUAUUUUUGAAGCUUUUGAUGAGCUGUUACUGAUGAAGAGAGGUGGACAAGUCAUCUACGCCGGACCCCUUGGCCGCCACUCCCACAAACUUAUAGAAUACUUUGAAGCUGUCCCUGGAGUUCCUAAAAUAAAAAAUGGUUAUAAUCCUGCUACAUGGAUGUUAGAAAUCAGUUCUAAUGCAGUUGAGACUCAACUCAAUGUAGAUUUUGCAGAAGUUUAUGCAAAUUCUGAACUCUACCAGAAGAAUCAAGAACUCAUUGAAGAACUAAGCACUCCAGCGCCAGGGUCUAAAGAUCUUUAUUUCCCUACACAAUACUCCCAAGACUUUUUUACUCAAUGCAAAGCUUGCUUCCUAAAACAACAUUGGUCUUAUUGGAAGAAUCCAAGAUAUAAUGCUAUCAGAUUGUUCAUGACAGUAACAGUUGGUGUUAUAUUUGGACUUAUUUUUUGGGACAAAGGCCAAAAGACACAAAAGCAACAAGAUCUUUUCAACUUGUUGGGAGCAAUGUAUUCUGCUGUAAUGUUCCUUGGAGCCACCAACACUUCCUCAGUGUUAUCUAUUGUGUCAGUAGAACGAACAGUCUUUUACCGAGAAAAGGCUGCUGGAAUGUAUUCAGAAUUACCUUAUGCAUGUGCUCAGGUUGCUAUAGAGGCAAUUUAUGUUGCAAUUCAGACAUUGAUCUAUAGUUUAUUGCUAUACUCAAUGAUUGGGUUCCAAUGGAGAGCAGACAACUUCUUGUGGUUCUACUUCUUCAUAUUCAUGUGCUUUAUGUACUUCACAUUGUAUGGAAUGAUGCUUGUUGCUCUCACUCCAGGCCAUCAAAUUGCUGCUAUUGUUAUGUCUUUCUUCCUCAGUUUCUGGAACCUCUUCUCUGGCUUCCUCAUUCCAAGGACGCAAAUACCAAUAUGGUGGAGAUGGUACUACUGGGCUUCACCAACAGCAUGGACAAUAUAUGGUUUGAUCACAUCACAAGUGGGGAAAAUAUCAGAAAAUGUAGAAGUACCUGGAGUUGGAUUCAUGUCAGUGAAAGAUUACCUAAAAGAAUACUUAGGAUUUGAAUAUGAUUUUCUUGGAGCAGUUAUAGCCGCCCAUAUUGGUUUUGUGCUCCUUUUCUUGUUUGUCUUUGCCUAUGGAAUCAAGUUCCUCAACUUCCAGAGAAGAUAGAUACUUGCAGACAAGACAAGUUGGCUAGUUUGUAUUAGUUUCAUAAAACCAAUAUGGAGAAAGACAAGAAAUGAA